AUGCGCGCGCUGCUCCUCGGGCGGUGGCUCCGCGCCGGGCCGGGCCCCCCGCGCGUCCCCCCGCGCCCGGAGAGCCGGCACCGCGGGAACGGCGGGAACGGCGGGCACGGACCGCUCCGGCAGAAGGUGUCGGUGGAAGUGCUGGACCACUUGGAGCACCUGGCCCUGGUGGAUUUCCGGGAUUCGGAGGGCGUGGAGCGGCUGCACAAAGCGAUCCAGUUUGCUGAUCAGCUUCAUGAAGUAAACACCGACGGCGUGGAACUGAUGGAUUCAGUGCUGGAGGACAGGUGUCUGUAUCUCAGAGAAGAUGAUGUGACAGAAGGCAACUGCACCAAAGAACUGCUGGAAAAUGCCAGAGAGAAAGUGGAGGAGUAUUUUGUAGCUCCACCAGGUAACAUCCCUUUACCAAAGCUGGAAGAACGAGAGACUUUUCUGCAGGGCUCUUAGUGACAGCCCAGAGCCUAAAUGCCCUUUGAGUAUUUUAUUUGGAGAAAAUGGAAGUUUUGUGCAGUCACAGCUGAAACACCCUGGCAUGUAUUUUGGUCAAAAGAAGAGCACUUGCAAGACAGAAGAAAGAAAGUGUAAAAGUUUAGUAGUGCUGCUGAAAUAUUCAAUGUCUCUGAAGCUGGAUGGCAGCAUGGCAGAUGAUCUUGGUGCUUUUAUUUGCAAAGUGAAUUUGCUGUCUGGAGGUGAGAGCAAACCCUUGUCCCACUCUUCAUUGUGCAAUUACCUAAUUAUUUGUUUAAGCAUCCAUAAUAUACUCAUAGAGAUGCAUAAAACAUGUAAUCACUAUGAUACUUGAAUUCUUUCAAGGGCAUUGAAAUAAAGCCUGUAUUUAACACCACUAA